GGGAGCUGUCAGUGCGCGUGCGCGGCCUGGGGACAUGGUGACGGCGCUGGCCUGGGAAAAAAAACUUUGUCACGUCGAGUAAGGCGAAAACAACACGGCGCGGAUGAGCCGUGAGCAGCAUGGCCAGGCAUAGAAAUGUCCGCGGACUGAAGUAUGACGAAGACUUUGAAGAUGAUGAUGUCUAUGGCCAGUCUGUAGAGGAUGACUACUGCAUUUCUCCAGCAACAGCUGCUCAGUUCAUUUAUAAACGAGAUGAUUACAACAGAAGAGCCUUUGCCGAGGAACCUCUGGAAGAAGGUGAUGAAUAUGCAGAAGAUAAAUUGGAGGAACCUUUCUACGGUAAUCAGCCAUUACUAAGUGAAGUUGAUCAAGCUCGUCUUCAUUCCUGUCUAGAUAAAAUGCGAGAAGUCUUGGGGGAGUCUGUAUCAGAUCAAGUCAUGGUCAAUGCUGUGCUGAAUAGUCAGUAUGAUGCACAUAAAGCCCUGGACCUUGUGCUAUCUGAGGACAACCAACAAAAAACAAAAUUAAAGAUGCAGAGUACAAUCCCUACACGGAAAUCCACAGUAGGAGAUAUAUUUUAUUCAUCCAAAUUAGUAGAUUCUAAACACCCAGAUUCACGUUUACCAGUAAUGUUAUUAGAUGAUACUGAUAAUUCUUCAGCUUUUGAUUUGAGUAUUCUAUUGUCGACCAAAUCUGAGUUAAGUUGUGUGUCUGCUCCCAUGGCAGCCUGUGAAUCUGUUAAUAAUGAAAGUGCAAAUGGGGGAGAGGAAACCUCAGCACAGUGCAUUUCAUUGUUGGAAAUGAUCCAAGAAACCCCAAAUGUGGUACAGACAGAUGUGAAGAUGUUGAAUGGCCCAUUGACUGACCAGGCUGCAAUAAGUUCAGACAGAGGCAUAAAUCUCGCAUAUCUGAUUAAAGCCAGUGAACAUAGUGAUCAAGAUUUGAAUUCAACUAUGCUACCUCUCUGUGAUGUAUCAGAAUUGCCUCCAGUAAUGAAUUUUGAACAGUCUGUCAGGCCUGCAUCAGACAUAUCAAGGUUGUCUGUAUUAACACAAAAUAAUACUGAAGGAACUUUGCAACCUUCCCCAACGUCCCUCUCAAAACUGUCUUUUACAAUAUUAAACGCCAAUCACCUUUCAUCCAACUCUUUAAAUGCGCCAGCACAAAACCCUGAGUGCUUAACUUCAUCUCUUAGGGCUUUGAGUCUUGUCGAUCAACUGAACCAACACCAGCAGAAAAGUAAUGGACUCAAUAAUACUCUGGUUACAAAUGCCCAAAGCAGUCCAGUAGACAUAACAGGAGGAAACAAUUUGUCCUUUCAUCAAUAUGGAAGUCCGUCUCUAGCUGAUCUUAUUGAGGAACAUGAAAAAAAUAGUCCCAACAGCUCAGUUUCCUCCUCUGUUCCUUCUCAGUUUCAGUCAGUAACGUCAGCGCAUAGUGCAAUAUUGCCAUUAGGGUCUUUAUCUUUGGCACAGUUAGCCAGUGAAUGCCAGACUAAAACAACAACAGAUACAUUCACAGGAUCGUUGUCAUCUUUAAUAACACCCAAACCAAUGUGUACUUCUGAAAUGGGGAAAAUGUCACUGUUUGAUUUGAUCACAGAAAAUACUCAGCAAAUGCCUGAAAAUUCAAAAGCAAAGGAUGCUCAUUUUGUUACAUGUGAAAUUCCGCAUUCUUCAGAAAAAGCCAUAGGGCAGCUAUCUACUGAUUUGAAUGUGCUGACACAACAAAAUACCUGUGCACUGGACACUGAUCUUCUAAGCAUGUUUGUCCAAAAAUCUGACCUCCAAAAUACAAAGCCGGCAAAUUACAAAACAUUUAAUAGGAAUGCAAGUAUUCAUAAUCACAAGCUUUCAAAGCGAACGAGGACCACAUCUUGGACAAAACAUUGUUGUGCUGAACCAUCUUGUUUUGCUCUUGCAAUAUGUUUUCAGAAUCCUGUAAGAAAAAAGAAAAAGUCUUUACUUAAUAUUCACACAACAUUUUUAUAUAGCAGGCAAGUUCCAGAAACAAAGGGAGAAGAUCAGAUUCCUUUAUUUGAAAUAAAACCAUUUGACUUCAGUACACCUUCUCCAGAUGAUAUUAUAAAGGCUAGCCAGAAGAAAGCUUUUAUUAGAGACUAAGGCUAAUAUGAUGCUGCCUUCCUUUGUUUUAUACUGGGGGAUUUUUUUUUGUUGUGUUGAAGAAUAUUUUGGACUGGAUCUUCAUUUGAAUUUUUGGGGAAGUUGUUCAAUUACAGGCGUUGUUUCAGGCUGUUGGUGCAUAUUAAAAAAGACGGAAGGUUGUUGGCAAACUUUCCACACUUUGUUUAGUUCAGUCACUGGGUACUAUCCAUUAUGACAUAAUGAUGACCUUUACCUCAAAGAUAUGUGUGUGUAUAUAAUCUUCAUUCUUCAUGUGCUGUAUUAAGAUGACUUCAUUUGGACCAAUCUUUAUAAAAAUGUUAGAUUUUUAUUUUUAUUUUUAAUUUUUCUAAUAUUCUUAACUGGAUUUUACAGAAAUACAACUUUGGUGUAUUUGUAAUUUUUCUAUAAUUCUAAUAGUGAAAAGCAGUUUUCCAAUUUGCAAGAAUUUCUUUCUUUCUUUCCCAAACUGAAGUUGGGCAUUUAACAAAAAUUUGUUGCACUUGCUUCAAGUGAAACCACACUACAGAAGACUGUGAUGCAAGAAUUAAUAUUUUUUAAAACAUAUAAGAUCCUAAAAGGUGCAAAAUGGUGUUUUUUGGUGAUGCUGUGGAACUGGUUGUUUUUUCAGCACUGUUCUGUGCAUUUUUCAAAUUGUGAAUCUAAGCACUUCCUUUAUAUCACAGUUGAUAACCAUGCAAAACAGUAAUUCCACUGGAAGUAUGUAAGUUGUAUGAGAGUCUAGAAUAGUCAAUUUUAAGAUCACUUAAGUUUAUACCAAUUACUGCACAAAAGUUCACUUCUAAAAUAUCAAUGAGACAGGCAUAAAGGUUGUGUUGUGAAUUAGUAUUUUCCAUUACUGCCUCAUAUUGACCUCUAUGAAAUAUAAGCAGACACUUUCAUUUUACUAUGUCAUAGCUGAUGUCAGAAAAUCAAAUAAAAUAUAGUGGGGGUAACGUUUCUCUUCCAGCAGUGCAAAACUGUCAGUAAAUUGGCCAUAGCGCUUUUACUGUGUCUGUUAUUAUUUUCCAUUGACUUCAAAAAUAUUGCCAAGAUUUUCUUUUUACUUCAAAUCAAGUGUAAGUAACAGAAAAACCAGGAAACAAGGUUCCAACAAUCGUUCUGUGAUCUUAAGUUGAAGGACAAUUACUAUAAAAUAGACAGCCAAUUUACAAUUUGUUUCUUUCACACUGCUGGAGUGGACUAGUUUCACACCUAAGCCUAGUCCUCUUGUUAGCCAUUGUAGUCAGGCAUUUUUUGUCUUCUCUGGUGAAAUGGUGAAGUAGGUUAAGCUGUUAAAUUGUAGGAUUUCCUUCCAAUGAUAUUGCAGUUACUGCCCCUACUUCUUGUGCGAUCACUGAAUCUCAUCCUCCAACUUGCAAACUGACAAAAAUGGUUUGAUAAAAAAGUCAGAUUGUAAAUAGAUUAAAAUUGGACAGCUGUAUGUUCAAGUCCAUUGUUGUACAUGACUUGAUUCGCCCACGACAGUUGCAAUUUCAUGAGCUGAAAGUUUUGGAGUGAACUUACCAUUGAAAUACGAUCUCUGCAGAAUUUCAACUUAUUGUUUUUGUCACUGUAAUUGACACUGGCAUGUUUUAUUGUUCAUGCUUAAUGUUAUAUAUUUAAAAGAUGCAAAAGAUUUUAACAGAUAUUAGAAAAUUAAAAUGAUUUGAUCGAGCUAUUCAUAAGCCAAUAUUUUAAAACUUGAAUACAUUUCAAAUGAGUUAAUUUACUACCAGUAUAUAUUUUUAUAUAAAAGUUAAAUCACUGAAUUUAGAUUUUACAGUGUUAUUUAAUAUUGAGAUUUUGAAUUUGUAAUGUCAUUGAAAAUUGGUCUUAUGGAUUCUGGACGACAUGAAUAAAUUCAGUUUUAAACAAAAGAAGGUUAUUGCCUGGAUUGUGCAUUGAGAAUAAUGGUGAGGCUAACAUUAGUGAAUUAACUGCAUUAGAUAAAAUGACAGCAGCCUUCAGAUCGUAUGGUUGCAGUUAAAACUGGAAAUUCAGAAGAUAUAGUCUUGAUUUAACCUACUACAUCACAGAUUGUGCUGUAAUGUUAAAGUGGGUCCUUGAUUUAUGAAUAUUUGACAUUUGAACACAACCUCAUAGAGAUGUCAUUUUAACUAAAUAUUUCCGUACUUACAGCUGUUUAUAUUAUCCUGUAUUAUGUUCCGACUUGCAAAUAAAUUGACUUGUGAAUAAAUUGACUUAAAAAUGGAACCCCUUUGUGAUGUACAGAUUGCCCAUACCUUGCUGACAGGUUCAAUACUAAGAUUAUUGAAAGGAUGUGAAGUUACAGUGGUUAAUCAUCCUCUCACAUUAAGGCAGCUAAGUUUAGGGCUGGUGUUUUUAGAAAUGGAUCAGGCUGAGAUGUAAGGUUGCGAUAUGGUCAAGUUGGACCAAAAGGUCUGUUUCUAUGCUGUAUGACUCUCUCUCUCUCUCUAUAACUAAAUGCUUAGCAGUUACACUGGCUUAACAAUCUCAUUGGCCCUGAACAUUUAAUUUUAUGUGUGUAGAAGGUGUUACUUCUGUGAAAAUUGGUACGCUAUUGGUGAUUUUUAAAAACAAAUGCUUAAAUUUUCUGUGCCUACACUUAGGUCUUUCUCAGUCAUCUAUCUUUCUUUCCUAAUUUUUAUUUUGCUUUCUGUACAUCGUUUAUAUCUAAUUUCUGCUUUAUGCUUCCUGGUUUAGAAUCUGUGUUGUGAGAAUUCUUUAACCUUCCAUGAGGUUAAAGAGCUUUCACUGUUUCUUGAACCACUCUCAAGCAUCAGACAUUUCCCUGAAGAAG